AUGAACCCCUACAUCUUGACCACUCUUCUAUUUGGUUUGGGCCUAGGAACAACACUCACGUUUGCAAGCUCACACUGGCUUCUCGCUUGAAUAGGACUUGAGAUUAAUACACUAGCCAUUAUUCCCCUAAUAGCCCAACAUCACCACCCCCGGGCAGUCGAAGCUACCACUAAGUACUUUCUCGCACAAGCCACAGCAGCCGCCACCCUCCUGUUUGCGAGUACUACCAACGCUUGACUCACAGGCCAAUGGGACAUUCAACAGAUAACACACCCCCUCCCAACAACAAUGAUUGUUAUUGCCCUCGCACUAAAAGUCGGACUGGCACCAAUGCACUCUUGACUUCCCGAAGUACUCCAAGGACUAGACCUAACCACCGGACUUAUCCUCUCAACCUGACAAAAACUUGCACCCUUUGCCCUCUUACUACAAAUUCAGACAACCAACCCUACGCCUCUAAUCAUUAUUGGCUUACUAUCCACGCUCGUUGGUGGCUGAGGUGGUCUCAACCAAACCCAGUUACGCAAAGUCCUCGCCUACUCCUCAAUUGCCCACCUUGGCUGAAUAAUGCUGAUCGUUCAAUUUUCACCCCUCCUUGCCCUUCUCACCCUCCUCACGUACUUUACUAUGACUUUCUCAGCAUUCCUAAUUUUUAAAGUAAAUAAAGCCACCACUGUCAAUGCCCUCGCAAUCUCGUGAACAAAGACUCCUGCCCUCACAGCCCUAGCACCCCUGGUUUUACUAUCCCUCGGCGGCCUUCCCCCCCUUACCGGCUUCAUACCCAAGUGAUUUAUUCUUCAGGAACUGACUAAGCAAGACCUUCCAGCACUUGCCACCCUCGCCGCUUUAACUGCCCUCUUGAGUCUCUACUUCUACCUCCGUCUCUCAUAUGCAAUAACCCUCACAAUAUUCCCCAACAACCUCAUUGGCGUCACUCCCUGACGAUUCUACUCCCCCCAAUUUACGCUUCCCCUCGCCGUCUCCACUGCAGCAACCACCCUUCUCCUCCCACUAGCCCCCGCUGCCGUAGCACUACUGGUCACCUA